GUCUGAUCCAUACAAGAGCUCUCAAGUUUGCAUCUUCAGCAGCAAAACCACGUAUCGCCUCAACUUUGCCAAACUCUAUUUCCUUCAUCAUUCAUGUUGAACCACUUCAGUAUUUACUGAUCCCAUCUCAAUAUGGACCGUCUCGAGGCUCUUCGUGAGCGCCUCAAUGAGACUCUCAUCCCCCACGCCCAACGAUAUCCCCUACCAGCUAUCCUCGUCACAACCAUGAUCCUCUUCAUCACAACAAGACUCUUUACAGGCAGUUCAUCUUCUUCUAGAAAGGAUGGAUCAAAAACGCCUCCUCUUGCACCCUUUUGGGUACCGUUGUUCGGCCAUGCUCCGCGUAUUUUCCUCAGUCCUUCGUCAGCUUUGACGCGCUUCAGAAAUCGAUAUGCCCAGGGUGUCUUUUCAAUCCGCUUAUUCCAGAGCAUUCACUCUUUUGUCUUUCGACCUUCGCUUGUGGCUCGUCUUCUUGAGCAGCCGGAAUCUGUCGCCGAUAAGGAGUAUGUUGCACGACGGGUUAUGAUGACCAAUUUUGGCCUCUCGAAGAAGGAUCUUGCUGCUUAUGAUAAAGCUGCUCCUGAGGUAUAUCAAAUCACCAAGGAGUAUCUGAGCGGUUCUCAUCUUGAUACCCUGGCCAAGGCUACGCUUCGAGAUCUUGACGACAAUGCUGCUGAUGCAAUCUCCUUCAACAGCUAUCCCACUGAUCAGAUGGACUGGGAACGUCAAGCAAAUGCAGAACUUUUGGAGGACACUGGAGACGAAAAGAUCAUGGCUGUGGACUUCUUUGAACUAAUGAAGACCUUCAUCGCCAGAACAGCCACCAUCUCAGUCUUCGGCACAGACUUCAUUGAGAUCUAUCCCGAUAUCUGGCCUCAUCUGUGGAUCUUCAACGAUGCUUUCCACUCGCUGGCAAUGGGUGUUCCCGUAUGGGCGCCUUUCCCAAGCUCUCAGCGCGCCAGAAUCGCUCUUGGAAGACUACUCACAUUCAUGCGGGAGUAUCACACCGAGUUGGACAAGUUUCUCAGCGAUGAAGAACCGGCUACGAAAUGGCAGGAUUUUCACACCAUCAGCCCUCUUGUACGCGCCAGGACCGAAGUCUACCGAAAACACGGUCUGCCAAUCGAUGUCCGCGCUGCAUUUGAUGUUGCUCUUCUUUGGGCGACUACUGUUAACUCUACGUCACUCAUCUCAUGGUCUCUAUUCGAAUUGUACCAAGACCCUGUUCUUCUAUCUCAAAUCCGCGAACAAAUCACCCCAUUCGUCAGGAUCGUCCAGCCUAAAAACGAUUUCGGUGGCGCCGUCUGGAUUCCUCCUCAGGUUCAGAAACUUGACCUGGACGGUCUUGUUACUAAAUGCCCUCUGCUUCAUGGAGUAUACCUUGAGACAUUGAGGUUAUACGGUGGAGGAUGGUCAGCGCGGUAUCUGAAGGAGGAUGUGAUUCUCAAAGACAAGGAAGACAGCUUUGUUCUGAAGAAGGGAACGUUCGCACACGUUGUGAACGAUCUGCAUCACUCUGAUCCCAGAAGCUUCACAGAUGCCAAGGUCUGGCAAGUUGGACGAUACCUCGAAGAUACAGUGGACAAGAAGGGUGUCAAGACUCAGAGAGCUGAACCAUACACAGUCCGAGCAUCAGACGGAACAUUGACGAUGUGUGACGAUUCGGAGUUUACGUUGAGAAAGGUGAUCAUGUAUAUCUCAGUGUUUAUCAGCCUUUACGAACUCGAACCCGCGGGGAGUGAAAGAUGGCCAUCGCCUUCGGUAGUCAAGGGAGUUGCUUCAGCGCAACCGUGGAGGUCUGUUAGAUUGUGGGUAAGGCGAAGGUCGCCGCAACCUCAAUGAGUGGCAUGCUGCCGUCCCUGAGUUGCACCAGCAUGUUCGAUACAGGGACAAAGAGGAAUUUAUGAUAUUAAUAGAUUGUUCGGCAUGCACCAAAGUUUCGACGGUUUGCUACUACUUACGUGAAGAGUUUCCAUGGCUGAACAUGGUGCAAAGAUUAUCAGUGCAUCUUACAUUCCUACCAUCAGCCAAGUCGUCUCAGGUCAUCGAAGCUUCCAACAACAACACUGGCUCACAAGGUUCACAUGAUCGCUCAUAUCUUCACAAAGUCCCAUCACUCAUCGAUGCCAUUACGGCCUGUUUCAAGAUCCCAGCCCAUAUGUGAGCCCUAGUGGGGCGUAGUGUCUUCUCCAGCACAAAAAUUACCCACAACACCAAAAAGAUGAUCUUGAGGAGCGUAUCUCCCCCGGGAAGGCUCGAACUUCCGAUCUCCCGAUUGUCUGCAAGUAACAGUCGGACGCUUUAGCCAACUAAGCCACAGGGGAUGAGCUGAUUUGAUGAAUGCCGCCACGGCAUUGGGUACUAUGUUGGCGAGGGUAGCAGUUUCGCGACAGUUGAGACGCAAGGUGUCAUAAAUUGAGAGUUGGAGAGUUGGAGAGGAUACUUGACUACGAGUUGAGUAGAGUUUGUGGAGAAACAGUGGUGAAACGAACAGAGGCAGAUGUAACAUCAUCCAGUCCAGUUUUGGUGAUGUUAGC